GAUAGAUUAAUGAUAAUUAUUAUCUUUAUCAGGUGAGGAGAGUGAGCAAGUGUGUUGCUUGCUUAGUAUCCAAUCCAAGACUAAAUCAUAUAUCAUAACGUAAGGUAGGGUAGGAAUAUCAAGCAACCCAAAGAUCCCCCACACAAUUUUAUUUGAUGAUUGAUAGCAAUUAAAAACAUUAGAAAAAAUUAUCAUCAGAAGAAGAAAAAAAACUGAAUUGUUUGUGAUGGCCGAAGAAAAAGAAUCAACGUCAAUUCCUCUAAGUCAAGCUGAUAAUGUCUCCUGCGAAGAUCCCGAAGAUCCAGCCAAGACUCCUCCAACCUCUCCUAACUCCUCCACUCGCAGGGCUUGCUGCUUUGUUCUUCAGAGUUGGGUUUCUAAGAAGUUUAUGACCGGAUGUGUGGUUUUAUUCCCGGUCGCAGUUACCUUUUUUAUUACAUGGUGGUUUAUUCAGUUUGUUGAUGGUUUCUUUAGUCCGCUAUACUCCAGUUUUGGUGUUGAAAUAUUUGGACUUGGUUUUAUUACAUCGUUAGCUUUUGUGUUUGUUAUUGGUGUUUUUGUUUCGUCAUGGAUGGGUGCCACUGUCUUCUGGAUUGGAGAAUGGUUGAUAAAGCAAAUGCCCCUUGUUAGACAUAUAUACUCUGCAUCCAAGCAGAUUAGUGCUGCAAUUUCUCCGGAUCAAAAUACCACUGCUUUUAAAGAGGUUGCAAUUAUCCGUCAUCCGCGCGUUGGUGAAUAUGCUUUUGGCUUCAUUACAUCAACUGUUACUCUACAGAAAGAAAAUGAAGAUGAAGAGCUCUGUAGUGUUUUUAUCCCUACAAACCAUCUGUAUAUUGGCGAUAUAAUUCUGAUUAACUCCAAAGAUGUUAUAAGACCAAAUCUUUCCAUUCGAGAAGGAAUAGAAAUCAUUGUUUCUGGAGGAAUGACAAUGCCACAGGUGAUAUCUCCCAUCGAAAGAGUUGCUCAUCCGAAUGAGAGAAUAUCUUUGAACAGAAUCGGAUAAAGGGAUGAACCAGCGGCUUAAUAUAUGACUUGUAGUUAUCGUCCAUUAAACCAUGCAUGACCCAUAUGGUGAUGGAAAUUGUAUUGUGUUCCUCUGAUGGAAUUUGUAUACGAAAAUUAUUGUUUAAUAUUUUACAGUUUAUAUCGAAGCUGACAAUUGAGCAUGAUACAAUGUAUUUAUUACAAUAUUUGUAUCCUUUUCUUUUA